CAUGAUGAUGAUGCAGAGAGGAGUUUGGGCAUAGAUAAAUAAUAGUCCUCCUUGAAAAAAGGGAAGAGAGAAAGAGAUAGAGAGAAGAUGGAAGUGGAAUCAUGGAGAAGAAUGAACGCGGGGAAGAAGGAGAAGGAGAAGAAGAAGAACCAAGUGUUGCUGGAAGGGUACGUGGAUGAGGAUCUGGCAAGGACCAAGAGUUUGACGGAUGAGGAUCUGGAUGAGUUGAAGGGGUGUUUGGAUCUGGGGUUUGGGUUCAGCUACGAUGAGAUUCCGGAGCUGUGCAACACGUUGCCGGCGUUGGAGUUGUGUUAUUCCAUGUCGCAGAAGUUCAUGGAUAAUUCGCCCCCUUUGCCCUCGCCUACGCCCUCGCCCUCGCCCUCACCCGAUUCAUUGUCCAACUCUAUUGCCAACUGGAAAAUCUCUAGUCCAGGUGACCAUCCGGAAGAUGUAAAAGCAAGGCUCAAAUAUUGGGCUCAGGCUGUGGCUUGUACCGUUAAACUCUGCAGCUGAGCUGAGGAAAGGACAAGUCUUGAAUGGAUGUGUUGGACGGGCCGGGCCGGAGGUUGUGAUUAUGGGUUUAUCCAUGAAGGAUUUCUUUUACCUGGAGAAACCGAUCGAUGAUGGGUGGAGAUCAGAGGAAGCGAAGGGUGUUUCAGGUUUGGGAGUGCCCUCAACUCGCUCUCACUUAAUCUUCGGAGCCUAAGAUGCAUGCUGUGUCAUAUUUACAUUCCAUUUUUUGUAUCUGCUUUGUUCCUAAUUAAUAAUAAACUUUGGAAGUAGAAUUUCCUCUUUUUAUUAUUUGGUUUGCAAGUGAAUUCCAACCAUAGCUGUUGGGUGUUGAUGCAGCGGUGAGAGCUUCACCAAGUUGAGUUGCAUUGCAUGGCCUCUGCGUUUGAUGUGGUAACUAACCUAACUGAACUAACAUCUUUCCCUCAAUUUGCAUGGUCUUCGGUGCUUAACCCUUCCUUCCGCUGCUAACAUAAAUCGGUGUGUGUAUUGUCGCUUAGAUGACUCAAUUCCUGAGGCAAAUGGAGGGGGAGGGAGUGAAGACGUGUCUCCUCAUUGGUGAGAGAUUUCCCCUCAACUCAUGUACAAGGGGAUACUGACUACGACUAAUAAAUCAAUGUUUUGUUUUUGGAUCUUGCGCUUGUUAUAAUCGUUGUUCAGGCCACAAUAUCUGUUGGGGUUCCUCAUUGUACUUGCUUAUAAAAAAUGUUGGACCUUUAAACUAAACCCUGCGUAAGCAGGCGGAAAAUAAUAGGGGUGCAAUUCAAAUGAUGACUGAAUCUUAGCUCGUGCAUAGCUGAAUCUCACAUAUCCUCUUGAGGAUCUGAUAUUAUUCAUCAUCUUGUUGGGUGAAAAAGCUCGGUUCACCAACAUAAAUUGUUGUCCUUCUUUUCUUCUUCUUUUGAAUAGCAUAUCAAAUAAAUGAUUUGGGUAAACUUGCGUUCCUGCCGUUCAUAACCAAAACUGUAUGCCAAACGACAAAAACUGCGACACGACGAGUCACGGAUGUUCCUUUAAUAAGAGAUCCUAUUCUAGAAUUGAACAACAAUUUACAACCUCGUUAAUGCGGCCCACUUGGUCUACAUGUUUAGUUCUCCUUUUCAGACAAUGAAAGAACUGAAUCGAUGUUGCUCUUCAGAGUGAUUUUAUACCGAAAAGAAAAUUAAGGAAAUAAGAAUAUUUUAACACAUCACGUGAUACUAGAGCUAGUUAAUAGGAAUGCCAAAAUUAUCAUGUUGAUGUUGAUAUAUCUUAUAUCUUGGAAGAAGAUUGAUGUCAGUCUAACGUAGGAUUAGAAUGGAGGAGCCAUCAGAAGGAAACCAUUGAUCAUUGGGUACUGUCGAUAACAAAAUUAACCAACACCCUGUAGUGUGUCUUCUCGCCACCCAGAGAAUGAGUAAAGUUGGGUAAGCCUCAUCCUGUUGGGUAAAGUUGCCACAGAGAUUAUAUAAUGCAAAUGAUCUCGAUUAAAAAUUAAGUUCUCAGAAAUAUUGUUAAUUAACAAUUUUUUAAAUAACUUUUUUAAAGAUUUUUUUUGAGUCUCCCCCUAAGGCUGGGAAUUAACAUGACCAGAAAUUUGAACGAGCAGGGGGAAAGAGAGACAAGAACGCACUAAUCUAGGGCAGGACAAAUGCACUGUGUUAUUAGAAACAGUAAUGAUAAAUGUUAAAGAAAGUCAUACUAUAAUACGAGAAUCAUUAUAAGGAUUUUCAUUUUUACCUCUUAAAAUAAUCAUUGAUUGAACAGCUAAACAAGUUUAUGGCACGUCUUAUCCAAAUGAUAUUCCAAGAGCAUUUAUGCCACAAAUACACUAUAUAGCAUGAUCGAUUUGAAUAUCAUAACUAAAGUUUGCAUCUACUUUCCUAGUGCUCAGCUAGAAUUUUCUUCCUUAACCAGAAUUUUAUUUUUGUUUUCCCUGAGCUCCGAUAUUCUUUUGGCUUGAAUUUGAUGAACAUAUUCAGCGACCAAGAUAUGAAACUUGGGAGCAAUUUUACCAGGUGAGGAAACAUUAAGACCGAUGCGCUUGAAGGUCCGAGUGAGAUGCUUCUGAGCUUUGUGAGAGUGGACAAGGCAGAGAGAUGGAACCGCUGAUCUGAGUAUAGGUUUUCCACAUGUAAUAGGACCAGCUUGAGCGCUGAAAACAAAAAGCAAACGAGUAAGAAGGAAUUAAGAAAGAAAAGAAAAGAAAGAGAGAAUUGAGAAAGAGACGUUUUGAUGACGUAAUUGCAAGGCUUGUAAAGCUUCUGGCUGGAAUCGGAGAGAAUGUGGAAAUGGCAAAAGGAGGUGAAAGGCAUGGCCUUGAAUUUGCAACCGAGGAAAGCGCAGAGGACGAGAUCGAAAUGAGUGAUUGGGUGGAAAGGGGAGAGGGCAUAGUGGCAUAGAUAGUGUCCGUAGAGGGUUUGCAAUUGAUGUAUCAGAGCCCAAUAGAGUUCUCUGUACCACUUCGAAAGCCGCUUCAGGUUCUCCAAACGACGCCGCAAUAGUUCUGGCCGUGUAAGGUGGGAAGCACGCGCCAGUGCCUGUGGGGCGACGCAAGUGGCUUUAGACUCAUCCAUUGCCUCCCUGCCGCUUCCCUUCCCUUCCCUUCCCUUCCUUCACAUCCCACACGUCACAACAAAGGGUAGGGAACAUCUAGCAACUACCAAUACAAUACAACGUUUAAAUAUUCAAUAUUU